AUGGCUCAUUCGGUAAGUAAAUGUAGCGUUUUGAAUAUAUGUUUACGAUAUUUUCAGAGUCAUAGGCUGGAUUAAGUUGUUUUUGAAUAUAUGUUUACGAUAGUUUUAGAUUAAUAUGUUUAUGAUAUUUCUAGAUUAAUAUGUUGGAUCUGAUCAAAGCUUGUGCAGCUGAAAGUGAACUCGACUUUCUUCAGGAGUCGUUAACGUUUAUGCUCACUGAUGAGCAGAAGGAAGCUGUCCUUCAACAGCGCAUUAUAUUUUGGACGAACGCGAUGGCCGAAGAUAUUGAACGGGAGAAUCCGAUUGGAGUUGUUGAUGGCUUCAUGGAUAAUUGGACCGAGGAUCAACGUCGCCUGUUCAACGAAGACUGGGCCAAUGAUGAUGGUUUAUGCGAGGAACUCGAACAGUUGCCUGAACCGCCAGAAAACCAAAUAGGUGAAGGGAGCAAGCGAAAGCACGCCAGUGAUGACGCCCCCUCAAAACGCCAAAGACCAGAGGAGUAUUUCACUAUUAAAUCAGCCAAGCAAGUCUACGUGAGGAAAUUCAGGACGACAGGUACACAUUAAACUGUUUUUAUAUUUUAAGCGUAACAUCGGCUACGUGUGGGAUAUAGAUUGUUAUGUGCGAGUAACGUUUCGUUUUUAUUAGGCUCCAUUUACACUAUACCGGAUUGCUAUCGGAGUGGGUCAAAUUUUGUAGGUAUCGAAAGGCUGUGAAGAUUUUUAAUCUCAGAGACCCAAAUAAACAUGCCAAUUCUGUCAAACUAAUAAGCAUUUACUACUAGCCAUUGCUCCGUAACGGCAAAAGAAGAUGUAGUGACCAGCGAAUCCGGUAUAGUGUAAACAGGGUCUUAUAAGAAACGUGUUUAUUGUUUGGUGUACAUCUGUAACUGGCUGUACAAACCUAUCCGGCGAAUUAUUCGCCAUCUUUUUAUAAACUACGCCGCAAAAAAAGGUAUUCAGCUGGAUCCACAACAGAUUGUCAAGAAUCCUGGUCUGAGGGCGUUGGCCAAGCUCAUGUUGAACUCUUUUUGGGGUAGGUGUAAUGGCAAAUUGCCCACUAACAGUACUUGUUUUUCCCUAGGGAAAUACAAGAAGCGAGUCUAUGUUAAAAACCUAUCAUUUCUUUUAGGAAAGUUUGCGCAACGACCCAACAUGAUCAAGGUCAAAAUCAUAUCGGAUCCAGCUGAAUAUUUUGACCUCCUAUCCAGCGACCAGAUUAACGUCACCGACGCGAACUUCAUCAAUGAGGAGCUCAUCGAAGUCCACUUUGAAAACGUUGACGAAUUCGUGGAAGCCGAUGGAAAGACGAAUGUGGUCAUCGCCGCGUUCACCAUAGCGCACGCCCGCCUCAAGCUCUAUGGUGUCCUGGAGCAAUUAAAUCGCCGAUUCCUGUAUUUUGACACAGACUCAGUAAUUUAUGUUUCAAAGGAAGACGAAUGGGAGCCGCCGACGGGAUCCUAUCUUGGACGUCAACUAACAGAUGAUGAGUUGGAUGGAG